AGAGCCAUAAAACAAUAUUUCCUAUAACCAAAAACACACUGCCAUGAAAAUGGAAUCUUUGUUGUCCAAAUUUACCUGUUUGCAUUGUCUUCUUUUGCUAUUACUCAAUGCUACUCACUGUUUUUCAUAUGUGCAUACUCAGACACAGACACUUUGCCAUGCUGACGAGCAUUCCUUCUUGUUACAAUUCAAGGAAAGCUUUACGAUAGACAAGUCAGCUUCUGGAUCUCCUUUUGCUUAUCCGAAGGUAGCAUCUUGGGCUCGAGAAGGAGAUCAAAAUCAGAGUAACUGUUGUUCGUGGGAUGGUAUUGAGUGCCAUGCGGAAUCUGGCCAUGUCAUUGGCCUUGACCUCAAGAGCAGCUGUCUUUAUGGUUCUAUCAAUUCCAACAGCACCAUUUUCCGACUUGUUCACUUGCAGAUGCUUGACCUUUCAGAUAACAACUUCAAUUCGUCUGAAAUACCAUCGAGAUUGGGCCAUGACCUUUCGAGUCUGUCUUAUCUCAACCUUUCACAUUCUGCAUUUUCUGGCCAAAUUCCAUCUGAAAUUUCAAAGCUAUCCAAACUGUCUACCCUUGUCUUGUCUUACAAUAAUGGUUUGGAGCUUACGAAGUCCAACAUGAGAAUCCUAGUCCAAAACUUGACCAGCAUAAAACAACUUCAUCUUGGUGAUGUAGGCAUAUACUCCACUGUGCCUGAUAUCUUAGUCAAUGCAUCUUCUCUCACAUCUCUCAAUCUAAGCUACUGUGGGUUGUAUGGGGAAUUCCCAGUAGGCAUUUUCCACCUACCAAAUCUAGAGGAACUUAGAUUAUACUCGAACACAAACCUAAAUGGUUAUUUUCCCACAUUUAACAGGACCAAUUCCCUCAAAAUAUUGGUUGUUUCAGAGACAAAUUUCUCUGGUGAACUUCCUAGUUCUAUCGGAAACCUUCAUUCCUUGAAUUACUUUGAUAUCUCAUACUGUGGUUUUGAUUCCCAUGUUCCAUCUUCAUUUGGAAACCUUACCCAGCUCAGUUUCCUUGAGAUGGCUUCAUUUCAUGACGUUUCUGCAGGCCAAUUCUUAGUUCCUGAUUCCUUGUCUUGUUUUGGAAAAUUAACCAAGCUCAACUACUUGGAUCUUUCGCAUAUUAACUUACGGGGGAAUUUCCCACGUUUUGUGGCUAACCUGACCCAACUUGCAUUCCUAUAUUUGUUUGACAAUUCAUUAACUGGUGAAAUCCCUAAGUCGCUUUUCCACCUCAGAAAUCUUGAACAUUUGCACCUCUCCUUCAAUGAUUUGCAAGGAGAAUUUCCUAAGUCGCUUUUCCACCUCAGAAAUCUUGAACUUCUUGGCCUUUCCGAUAAUAAUUUGAGUGGAUUAGUUGCGUUUGAUGAGUUUUCCAACCUCAAAAAGUUGAAGGCACUUGGUUUAUCAGACAACAGGUUAUCCGUGCGUGUCAAAUCUGGUUCAAGUGCUACUCUUCCAAAGUUCAAAAUUCUAAAGUUGGGUGAAUGCAACUUGACAGAGUUUCCAGAAUUUUUGAAAAAUCAAUACGAAUUGGGAGCCCUAAACCUUUCUGGUAACAACAUUCAUGGCCAAAUACCAAAAUGGCUUUGGAAUGCAACUAGAGAAACUUUGGUCAAUCUCGACCUCAAUUAUAACUUCUUAACAGGCUUUGAGGAAAAUCCAGUCACUCUUCCAUGGAAAAAUCUACAACUGUUUGAUCUUGGUAAUAAUCGGUUACAAGGGUCAUUGCCAAUUCCACCACAAUCUAUCACGGUUUACAUGGUCGACAACAAUAAUUAUAGUGGAGAAGUUUCACCAUUGUUCUGCAACGUGAAUUAUCUUCAAGUUCUUGAUUUGGCCAACAACAACCUGAGUGGUAUGCUUCCACAGUGUUUGGGGAAGUCCAGUAGCUUGGAAAUACUGCAUUUGAUGUUUAAUUCUUUCCACGGCCAUAUUCCUCCAUUUUGUGCUAACAAAAAUAGUUUGAAAUUUGUUGGGUUGGGUUACAAUCGGUUACAGGGGAUGCUACCAAGAUCAAUGGCCGAUUGCAUUCAGUUAGAGUUUCUUCACAUUGGCAACAAUCAGAUUAGUGACAUCUUCCCUUCUUGGUUAGGGGUACUUCCAGUAUUGAGGGGUCUCAUUUUGGGGUCGAAUGCAUUUCAUGGGAUAAUUGGGAAGCCUCCAACUGAUCAUGAGUUCCCAAACUUAUGCAUCAUUGAUUUAUCCAACAAUCUAUUUUCAGGUAUGUUGCCUUCUAAGUACAUGGAGAACUGGAAUUUCAUGAAAUAUGUUGUCACGAACAAGGAAAGCCGGUACUUUGUAGUCUCAUCGAACAACAGCACAGAUAAAUAUGGAUAUUACUUUCAAUUUUCAUACGAGAUGAUAAUUCCUGUAAAAGGUGUUAAGUUGACAUAUGAUCGGACCCCCUAUGAUCUGAGACUCAUAGAUUUCUCAAGUAAUAGAUUUGAAGGAGAGAUUCCAGCAAGUAUCAUUGGGAGUCUAAGAGCACUUCAGUUGCUAAACCUCUCCAACAACACUCUCUCUGGUCAAAUCCCCUCAUCUCUGGCGAACUUGACUGCUCUUGAAUCAUUGGAUCUCUCUCAAAACAAGCUCUCAGGAAUGAUCCCCGGUUGUUUGGCACAACUCACUUUCCUUGAGUACUUCAACGUGUCGUAUAACCAUCUUUGGGGGCCUAUACCACUUGGCCAACAAUUUGGUACAUUCCUAGAAGAUUCAUACCAAGGAAACUCAGGUCUGUGUGGAAAGCUUUUGUCCAAGAAAUGCAAGGCUUCCGAGAGCUCGAGGCAACCGCCACGAUCAAGCUUUGAAGAAGAUGAAGAGGCUGGAUUUCCAUUUGUGUUUGACUGGUAUGUAGUCUUGCCGGGAGUUGUUAGCGGACUAAUAGUGGGAGUGGUUGCUGGAAACACAUUGGCAGACAAGAAGCAUGAAUGGUUUGUGGAGAAAUUCAGCAGAAGGAGAAAGCCAACAACCACAUGGGCGAGCAGGGGACGUCGAACUUAGCUUGAUGUGUCUACCGGCUAGAGAAAUGUUUGGGCCUUCAAGGCCAAUGUCAUGGUUUUUAUGAUUUCUGGUGCUUCAACAUAUGUUGUUAUGUUGAAUUACAAUAAUGGGGUUCUAUAAGUUUGCUUUGUAUAAUAUUUCUACUUGAUCAGAUUCAGUGUUAUCAACUAAGUAGUUGGAAUUACAUUUCUUGUUUUCAUUUGCUUCAAAA